CUGAACUACGCAUUUAUCAUAUUAUUCUAUGUUUGCGUCAUCCGAAUAGAUCAUUACUGAUGAGGGUUGCUGCAGUUUUGUUUAGCGGACUUUUCUGAACUAUUGCAUCUAUCUGUCUGCUGUACUUGGCUCCUGAAGAAAGCUUACCCAGGUUUUCAGUUGACUCAAUGUAUUUUGUCCGCGAAAAUGCAUUUGUAAAGUCGUGCAGAGUCGCUGACAACCGUGUAAACUUUCACGAUGGAAGUUGUGUCGGGAAGAAGAUCACGCAAACCUGUGAAUUAUGCUGAAAUUGCAGAUCUCACUGUUGAUGACAAUGAUUUUGCUGACUUCAAGCCCUCGCCCACAAGCAAAACAGAGAAGGUUAAGGAUAAAGAAAUGGUGGAUAGGGAAGAGCAGAAAGGUCACAAAGAGAGAAAGCACAGCAAGGACAGACACAGAGAUCAUAAGAAACACAAACACAAAGACAGAAGCAGGGAGGACAAAGAUAGGCACAGACAAGACAGAGACAAGCACCGAGAAAACAGGGACAGGUACAGGAAAAGGGAUGACAUGGACAAGGAUGAGAGGAAGAGAAGGGAAUACAGAGACAGAGAGCACAGGUCAGGGAGAAGAGAAGAUAAUUGCUCAGAAGACUCAAGCAAAGGUGAGGGAAGCAGUGACUCUACAUAUGACUCAUCAGGUAACCAGACAUGCCACAACUUGCCAACCACAAAUGCACCCAUCCCUGCUUUGCCUUUAGUGUCUCCCAGCAGAAGGAACCCUAAACCAAGAUUAAGUCUGGAGGAGAAAAUAUUUCAGAGAGAAUUAGAGGUUGCACUUGAAAUUUCCAAGGAAGAGCCCAGCCAAGCCCCACCCAAUGUGUUUGAACCUGAGGAACACAAGGUGGUAGAGAGAGGAACAGUAGUGGAGGAAAGACAAGACUCUCAUCCACUCUCAAGUCCCAAACCUCUUCCUGAACAAAGUGCUGAAGGUGGCUGCUCCGCAUUGAAUGGAAGAACUGGACUCCUUACUGAACCUUCCUCCUUAGCUCAUGAGAAACCAAGUAUCGUUAUGUGUGAGGAGGAAGAAGCAGCGGAACAUACACCUGAUCCAACGCCACCACCUGCUGUAGCAGAUUGUGCUGUGACAAUGCAGCCUUUACCCUCCACCUCAGCUGGCAAAACUGCGAAAAGAAUAAGGAAAACUGUAAUGUUUAAAGAAGACAGCGAUUCUGAUGAUUUUGACGGCUUUGGCUGUGACGAUGAUGCUGAGUCCGACGCCUCUGAGGGGAGUGACUUUAUGCCAUCACCAAAAAAAAAGAAAAAGGCAAAGGAGUCAAAGAAAACAAAGAACACCAAGACAUCCAGAAAUAGUGCACCAAAAUCUUCUAGUAAGUCCACAGGGCAAAAUAAAGGUGAUAUGGCAGCCUCUCCAAGGAAUUGUCCAUUGAUAGCCAAGGAGAACACUGCUCCUAAGGACACUGCCACACCACUACCUAAAAGCGAACUUGCCACACCCAAAGUUACCACAUCAACUGAACUGAAGGCAUCAUCAAGUUUACACACUCCACCACCAACAAAAUCUGCCACGAAGAAAGCAAGUGUUGCCAAACCAGUGAAAAGAUCCUUGAUCAGCUCAUCAUCAUCCCCAUCAUCUGGAGGCCCAUCAAUUUCUUUGGUCAAAACACCAUUCAGAAGUCCCUUAUCAACAUCGCUGAAUAGUGGCUAUCCUACGGGCUCCCCAUCCAUCUCUAUGGGAACAAAGAAUUUAAAUAGAGGUACUGGGCUCAGACUAGGUCUGUCUCGCAGGGCUCAUGUCAAGCCCCUUCACCCUAGUGCAGCAUCAAGAAUCACCGACUGAACCUUAUAUAUAUAUAUAUA